AUGUUUAAAGUUGACUUUUUGAUCGGGAAGGAAUUUGGGAACUUCUAUUGUACCAUUGCAUAUAGCACAAUGAAACGACCACCAUUCACGACCACCCCAGCGCUCGCCACUAGUGCCAAGGCAACCGGCCUAGCUCCGCCGUCAAUCCCAGCUCACCCAAACACCGGUAGCUGCCAAAAUCUCGCCGGAUCAAGAUCGGAAUUGUCGGUUUUGAAAGAGAAUUUCGCCGGCUUCAAUCUCUCUCCUCCGGCCACCAAUUCAGUCGAUGUUUGGCCGAUUUUGGAAGCUCGAUUCCAGCCAUUUCCACUUGUUUUUUGGGAUAUGCCCAAGAACAAAAGUGACUCCAAAUGA